UUUUGCCCUCUCUAUCUCUACUCUACUACUCUACCUUAUGAGUCAUGACAACGAAAGCGCUCGUCCUUCACCCCCUCUCUCUCCCUCUCUCUCUCUCUGAGAAGUAAUCAAAUCAGGAACCCACACCCACACCCGCUGUUCGACUGCCGACGACAAAUCCAUCCCGGAAAACCCUCUCCCACUUCUCCCUCUCUUUCUUCCUUCUGCUUCGGCUUGGGAUGAAACGCAUCCGCGUUUCGCGAUGAUCUUGUUGUCUUCUUUGUGUCUCUGCAAAUUCUUUUCUUUGCCUUUAGACUACAUUCAUCCUAGCAGCUUCCCCUGAGUUGAUGUGCCCAAACGCACCGGAUCUUCUUGGAGACCCUCGACUUCCAAACAAUGGUGGCCCCUACUACUGCAUUUCUUCGAUGCCAUUCGCAGGAAAUAGAUGCUGGUGAAAGGUGAGAAUAUUUGGCUCUAUGCUAGCAAAUCUGUAAUCAAGUAAUGUGGAGUACUGAGAAAGUCUAAGGGUAUACAAUAUGGAGAUGAAAACAAGUUCAAGGCAUCAUCAGAAUGAUCAGAUGUCAAGAACCGUAAAGGAGGUCUUGUCACCUGAAGAGAACAGAAGUCUAGACCUUCAAGACAGGUUGAAAGCUGAACAGUCUAGCAGUCAGUCAAACAUUGAGGAAGCAAAGGGAGAUAGAGAAGGUGAUGAGACCUUCGUCCUACCUAAAACUUCCAGGAAUCCACAAAAACAAGGGAGUGACAGAAAGGCAAUUGAACAUGACGAGCUUGUCAAACAUAUGUCAAAUUUGCCUUGCUAUCUACAACACAUAGAGAGGGGAGAAAACAUCCAAGAGAAGGCUUUGAAUUUUGGAGUUCUUGACUGGAGGCGUCUAGAAAAAUGGAAGUUUAACCAAAAGUGUGGCUCUGAGGGAAGUUCAACAUCCACUAGUAACACUUCCUCAUCUCUCUCAACUGUUGAAUCCUUAGACGGCAGAAUUUGCAAUGGCUCUCCUGCUCAUCAAAGGGUGCAAUCGCCUUCCCUGUGUUCUCAGAAUUCAUCUUCCACAGAUGGCCAUUCUCAAUGUUUGAAAUCCUAUGGAGCAAAUUCCGUGGGCCUUCAAAGAUUCAAAGCUCUCUCUCAGAAUACCUCAGCUGGGCAGCAAAAGCUUCCUAGAACUGGUCUGCCUUUUGGCAGGAUCUAUUUCGAGACUAAGCUAGAAAAGAGUAAGAGGAAAGAUUUAGAUCCAAAGAUCACUCCAGUAAGGUGGGUUUCAUCAUUAAAUUUGAAAGAUUGUGAGGUCCCCUUAUCUUCAAAGGGAAAGUUGAAAGCUCCAGAUGGUGAGUUUGAAAAUAGAACAGAGCAGUUGCCUGCACUGGGCCUCGAUCAUCCUGACCAGCACAGCCCUGGCAGCCCCAAAAACAUCAUAGUCCUUUUCCCUAAAGGCUCUAGUAGUUGCUCAGGGAUCUACCAGCAGUCUUGGUCUACAUUACCAACAGAAGCAGGUCGCAAGAGUUUUUCUCCUGAAAAGGAGGUUCACUUUGCAGAGCUCUACUCUGACAUCCCACACUCUUGCCCGCUUCCUUGUGGAGUUGAAACUAGCAAACAAUCGGAUAUGAAGUUACCACAUUCUGUAGAUUACCAGGUUACAAGAGUUCCCUCUCAAGCAUUUUCUUUGUUUCCAAGUUCACAUGGAAGAGAAAAACGGCAAUCCAAAAAUGAAGAUGCAGAGAGAAACAAGUCAACCACAAAUCCUGCACAUUCAGUUGUUAUUGAACCUUCUGAUAAACUGGGUUCACAAUCAGCAAAAGUGGCAGCUUCUAAAGUAAGAUAUCCAUCUCCUAGUAAUCAGCCCAGCACCGGUCGGAUGAUAAGAAGUUUCAGUUAUAAAGAGGGUUCAGUUGUACCACAGUUGAGCCCAACAUAUGUCACUGCAAAGUCUGGCCCAGUGAGAUCAGAUGCUUCUGUUUGUUCAGAUAAUACAAAUAGAGAUAAAACAAAUACUAAUGGCAGAGGCAGGUCCAGCCCAUUGAGAAGGCUACUGGACCCACUACUGAAGCCCAAGUCAGCAAACCGUCUUCAAUUUUCUCAAUCAUUAGAAUCAUCAUCAUCAACACGGAGGGCUUCUAGAUCAUCUGAUGGACCAUUAGAUUCUACUACUCUUCAGUCAGUGAAAAGAAACCUUACUUUCUCAAAUUGUGGCCCAUCCAAUGCCGAUGAUUCACAUCAGGAGAAACUUCUGGCAUCAACAAUGCAAGCUCUUUUACACAUCACAAUUAAGAAUGGACACCCUUUGUUUACAUUUGCAGUUGACAACAAUAGUGACGUUCUAGCCGCCACAAUGAAAAAAGUAUAUUCAUCUGUGAAGGAUGAAUUUAGCUGGAAUUAUACAUUCUAUUCCAUUAGUGAAACUAAGAAGAAGAGUGGGGGAUGGAUAAAUCAAGGAAGUAAAGGUAAAAGUCAUGGUUAUGUCUCAAAUGUUGUUGGUCAAAUGAAGGUUUCCACCUCUCAUAGUCCUAAGUUGACCACACAUGAUUCCAAGGAUCAUUUUUUGGUGAAUGAGUUUGUCUUGUUUGGUGUAGAACUAAGACGCACAGAUCAGGGAACCCCUGACCUCCAACCAAACAGUGAACUCGCUGCUAUUGUUGUCAAAGUACCAAAAGAAGGCACAGGAUAUUUUAGAAAUGGACAGCAAAGCAUUGAUGAGGAUGGCUCAGAUACUGGUUUUGCCAAUCCUUUCCCAGAAGAUACAUGGUCAUGCAACUCUGGUGGACACAUACAGAAUGGGUCUACUGUUGGAACUCAAAGCCUUCCUAGUGCAGUAGUCAUACUUCCAAGUGGUGUUCAUGGUUUGCCUAGUACAGGAGUACCUUCACCUCUUAUUGACAGAUGGAAAUCAGGUGGAUCAUGCGACUGUGGAGGUUGGGAUAUGGGUUGCAAACUCAAUAUACUAGCCAAUGAAAAUCAGUGCAAUAAGUUAAGUUCAUCUGAAGCUUCUCUCACACCAGAUCGAUUUGAUCUUUUUGUUCAGGGAGGAGCUCAACAGAAGAGGCCCGUCUUCAGCUUGGCAUCAUUCAAGAAAGGAAUCUACUCAAUUGAUUUCAAUGGCUCAAUCUCGUUGCUACAAGCAUUCUCUAUCUGUAUAGCAGUCCUAAACUAUAAGAAGCAAUACAACCUUGCUGAAGCAAAUAAUCUGUAUGAAGCAAAAACUUUAUAUGAGUCCGUGUCAUUAGAAAACGACAGAAUAAAAGCUCCUGCGGGAGCUGAACCUGGAAAAUAUGUCUCAUACCCGCCCCUAUCUCCAGUUGGGAGGGUUUAGUUCAUAGGAACUAUCUUUAGGUCCAUCAUUUUUAGUUAUAUCGGAUAUGCAUAAGGCAGGAAGUGAACCACUUAAGAAGGGGCCUUAUCUAUGUAUUUGGUAGUAUUGACCUCUGCAGACUCGAUGCAUAAAUUAUUGAACAAGAAGGCACUCUGCAACCAGUCCUUUUUGUAUUAGUUGUAGGGAGACUUGGGAUCAAAUCUUGUUAUCACCAGGGUUGGUGGGGUUAUGGGUAGAGGGACGAGCUACUCCCUUGUAUGCAGGAAAUAGUAUUUGUAUUCAAUACAAAUGUGCAUUUUAAGCCCAACAAAAUAAAAAAAAUUGUCCAUGAUUAUAAUAAUAUUAUUCCUUUUAUUCAA